AUGCCCGACGGCACGGCCUCGCCCGUCAGUGACCUCGAGCGGGAACAGGAACUGGACACCCCGCUCGACCCACACGCCCUGCUGCCCCGGUACAGGGAGCCACGGAGCGCGCUCGACUGUUUACUCUACUUUCGUCCGCCGCCCCAGGCAUUCGCGGCCCCCACGCCGGAUGAUGUUUGGCCAGCCCCGGUCUCGACCCCCGCCCCCGUCCCCGUCCCCGUCACUCCACCACCCGCGACCGUCACGGCCAUGGCCGUAGAUGGAGACGCGUCGCAGACGACCCCGACACCCUCUUCUCCUCCCACCCCAACUCCUCGUAACCCUUACCCGACCGUCGCGCCCGUCGACCCCGUCCCCGCCGCCGUCACCACCCCAUCACCGCUCGCGUCCUUGAUCGCCACUGUGGCCGAGUCGCUCGACGCGCACGGCAUCGACCACUUCUCAGUGACACUCUCGCCGACGCUGCUGGGCCUCCUCGACCACCGCCUCCAGUGGGCCGUGGCCGACACGGCGGCGCAGCGGCGGUACGCGUGGGAAAACAAGGACAGCGCGUUUCUGCAACAGUGGAUUGCGGAUGUGGAGGGCAUCCACCGCGCCGCCGCGUUGGUGGCGGUGGCGGCUGCAGCGUCUGGUGAGGAGUCGGACGGAGGAGAUGGAGCGCGUGACGGUGGCAUCCCCACAUCCCCGACGGGGUCGCCCUCUACACCCACCGCACACGACUACCCGCCGUCUCCACCUCGACCGGGCACGCUCGGCACGCACGACUGGGCGGCGUUGGCGAACCGCUGGCUCGGCGAUGCGAGCCACUUUGACAGGCCGCACGUGCCCCGCGGCACCUGGCAGCUGGCCCCAUUCCCGUCGAUGGCAGGCCCCUCGACAUGCCACAUUGCCUUGCGGCCGCCAUACGCCCAGACAGCCAAUCUACCAUGGAGCGACACGGAGCGCGCGCGGCUGCUGCGCUAUUAUCCCGGAGGGACGGUCACGCACACGCACACGCUCCCGCCGCUGUCUCCCCAGUACGUGUGCAACGGGCUGGCCAGCGGGAUGAGUACGUGGCAAGACAACGUGACGUCCGACACGCCGUUCCAGUGCACGCCCAAGGGCGGGGGCGGCGGGUGGGCCGCGCAGUGGGCCAGGAGCGAGCAGGUGUUUGCGGGGGCGAGGCCGACGAGGAAGGGGGAGCGGCAUGAGGCGCUGCCACCUACGCUGGCGGCCUUGCUCGACCUGUCCGACGCGGGAUUCACGGGCGAUGUUCGAGGUGGCCUCUUCCGCGUGCUCGAGACCCUCGUCACCACCCUCCGGCGUAUGUGGGCGCCCGAGGACAGGCUCGGGUUCGGCAUCCGGGUGGUGCGCGAUGAAGAGGACGGCCUGCGACUGGACCUCCCCUUCAAGUCAGGCGACAAGGUCGGCACCGCGUUUGUGGCGCAGCACUGCGGUGGUGGCGGUUUCGCCGGCCUCGAAACUGCCCUCAUGUAUCUCGUCCUCACGGUGUACACCACUGCCCAGCGCUACGAAGCACCCCUCACCAUCACCCUCGCGUCCGACUCGCCGACGGGCGACGCGCUCGUGUGGCAGUAUACCUCGCCCAGCGCGCUCAAGGUUUCGCGCGUGAUACAGGGUGAUGCGGCGCUGGACGUUCCCGAUCACAUCUCGCUCAUGCGCGUGUUGGUCGCUGAGGCGAAGCCGGCCGUCAAGCCAUAA